AUGUCAGGGACCUCCUCUACAUCCCAAGGCGAAUCAAGCACCCUUCAAGGAUCAGCCCAGCAGUUAAAUAGAUCUUGCGAGUCAUGCCGAAGUCUCAAAGUCCGCUGUCUCCCCAGCCCAUCCACGCCUAAUCAAUGCCAGCGAUGCGCCAAAGGCAAGCGAUCCUGCGUCUUCGUGGCGCCACAGAGGCGGCGACCCCGGAAGCGGACGGAUUCGCGUGUCGCCCAGCUCGAGAAGGAGAUGCGGAUGAUGCGUUCGCUGUUGAAAAAUCGUAUUCCCGAAGAAGAAGAUCCGGAUUCCGGUGAUGACAGCGACGUGGACGAUGUCGAUCUUGAAUCGGCCGAUAUGGAAAGCAACCUCGCCUUGCGGGACCAUUCGGCUCAUUCGUCCGAGGAUGUCCGUUAUAUGGACUAUUCCCCUGAACUGCUAAAUACCCCGCACCCCGGCGCGCAUGAUAGUGGCUUUUCGGCGCCGCCAACUUUCGCAGGUAUGCCAGCUGGCCUUGAGCUGGAGCAGGAGAGGCUUUCUCCGGACGACGUGAUCGAUCGGGGCAUUAUCUCCCUCGAAUAUGCGGAGCAAUUGGUGGCAUAUUUUAUUCAGGAACUGGCAUUCUUAUUUCCACUGGUCGUCUUGCCUUCGAACACCACGGCAGCUCAACUGCGAAAAACAAAGCCAAUCCUCUUUCUCUCCGUGAUUGCCGCGACAUCCAUAUCCGUCGAUGCAGGCCUGGCUGCCGUGCUGAAUCGCGAGAUGGUCCGCCUCUAUGCAGAGCGGUUCUUCAUCGAAGGCGAAAAGUCACUAGAGUUAGUGCAAGCGCUGCUGCUGAUGAUUAUAUUUUAUCUCCCGCCCGCCUCGCCAUUGAAGCUGCAGCUUUAUCAGUACACACACAUCGCUUCGACAAUGGCGCUAGAAAUUGGGUUAGCCAAUAAGCGUCGUGUCUCGAAAAAGUCCGAUCGCAAGAGCGGCAAGCAGGAGCCGCACGACGAGCUAUUGGCUGAGCAGGCGAGAGCAGUCCUCGGCUGCUACCAUCUCGGUUCGAGUGUUGCGAUGAAAACCCGACGCCCAAAUCUGCUUCAGUUCAAUGACUGGAUGAGCGAGUGCCUCAAACACCUAGAAAACUCGCCGCAUCGAACGGAUCAACAUGUGGCGAUGUGGUUCGAACUCCAACGAAUAACCGAUGAAGCAAUGUCUUCGUUCGGUCUGGACGACACUAGUACCACCUCGCCCCUAACCGAGUCGCGGGUCCAAGCCGUGCUGCGCUGGUUUGACAAGCGGAUCGAAACGUGGAAGAAGAACAUCCCAUCUGAAAUGUUCACCGUCCCCAUGAUCCUCGAAUAUCGCUCCACAGUACUAGCGAUGUACGAACUCGGCGUAGGAGAAGGCUACCGUGACCCAGACUCGCUAAAGCGACGAUAUUUCACGCUUCCGACCCUCGACGAAGAAAGCAACAGCGGCAGCGAACCACCAGACACCACACUCAGCGCAAUCCGCAUCGACAUCAACAUGAAAUGGAUGAACGCCGCACAGAAGCUGUUAGACGCCGUGCUGACCUGCAGCACGGACACCAUGCGUAAACUCCCGAAUCUCAUGUACACCCGUUUCGCGAUGGCCGUGACAUCCUUGCUGAAGAUCCACUUCUCCGUGCGAACCGGUGUUCUUGGGGAAGUCAUCACGCCACAGACCGUGAACGUGGCCUUCUACCUCGACGCCUUAGCCAGCAAGCUAGGUGAGGCCAGUGGCGGGGGUAAAUACAAUAUCCCCAGUCGAUGGUACCAUGUCGUAGGAGUCAAGGGUCGCGAUUGGUAUGAGCGGUUGGAGAGGCGGUAUGGUGGAGCGAUGGAAGCUGGGUCCCGGGUCGUAUCGGUGAGUCCGUCGACCGGCACUGCGGAAUCGAUAUCGGGUCCAGUAUCACACCCUAGCCAAACCCAAAGCCAAACCCAAGACGCACACUUGGGUCAAGUCACAUCAGCGAUGGACUCAUUCUCCGUUCCCAUGCCCCCAAUGCAGCCGGCAAUGGACAGCAUGCGCGAUGGGUACGUAGCGAUGGGUGGUACGGGCAUAUGGGCCAUGAACAGCGGACAUAACCCGCAUUUCUACUCCAUGAGCGCGGCGGGGUAUCAGCCUUCGGUGUCACAUCCGCAGGCAUUGCCGCCUCAGUUUUCAUAUGAGCCGCAGAGGAUGCCGGCUGGUGCUGCUGGGCAGCAUAUGGCCAGGGCGGGCAUGGAGUUGGAUGGGUGGCUUCCUGAUGGGAGUAUUUUUGGGGUGCAGCCUUUGCCUGAGUUUUGA